AUGUCGGAAAAACGGACUUCGAUGGAGCUGGGCACCGUCCUGGUGGUGGGCGGCUGCGGGUUUCUAGGCUGGCACAUCGUCGACCAGCUGCUCAACUUUCCCUCUGAGCACGACCCCAGUGCGGCGAUUCCGACGAUGGAGGGCAACGAGAAAUUUGCCGUUCCUCGUCUGAGCGACAGGUACCCGACAUACAAGGCCAAGGUGGCGGUGGUGGACCUUCGGACGAGCCAGAACCGACUGCCGGGCGCCAGCUACCAUGAUGGGGAUAUCACAUCUACGGAACAGAUGCUGGAGAUCUUCCGGACAGUGAAACCGGAUGUGGUGAUCCAUACAGCAUCCCCGUCACCGAUCGGCGCCACCAAAGAGCUGUUGCACAAGGUGAACGUUGAGGGAACGCGGACGCUCGUGGAGGUCGCUGCAGGCGAGCGCGGCGACUGGGGGGGCAAGUGCAAGGCCUUUGUCUACACGAGCUCCAGCUCUGUCGUGCAUGAUACUCAGAGUGAUUUGAUCCAUGUCAACGAGGACUGGCCGUAUAUGCGUGGACCUUUGCAGCAGGAGUAUUACUCGGAGACGAAGGCCAACGCAGAAGAACUCGUCCUGAAGCACAACAAAGCCGAGGCGUCGACGAUGCUGACCACCGCCAUCCGCCCUGCAGGAAUUUUCGGCGAGAAGGACACGACGAUCACACAGAACAUGCUUGACCACGUGUCGAAGGCGUCCCCGUUCGUGCUGCGGAUGCAGCUGGGUGAUAACGAGAACCUGUUCGAUUUCACAUAUGUCGGAAACAUCGCGUACUCGCACAUGUUAGCGGCGUACUACCUGCUCUCGACCUACACCCGGCUCGAGUCCGGUCGUGGCCUCCCGCUGGACCACGAGCGCGUCGACGGCGAAGCGUUCAACAUCACCAAUGACUCGCCUAUUUACUUCUGGGACAUGACGAGCGCGAUCUCGGCGCUCGCGGGCAAGCCGGUUGAGCCGGCACAGGUCAUCUCCCUGCCGGAGUGGCUGCUACAGCCCAUCGGAGGUAUUGCUGAGACCGUCCUGGGUCUCUUUGGUAAGACUCCGCGUCUGACCCGGCGCGCCGUGCGUUACUCGUGCAUGACUCGCUACUAUUCUAUUGAAAAGGCCCGCGCCCGCCUCGGAUAUCUGCCCAUUGUCCCGCUCGACGAAGGUGUCCAACGGGCUGUCGGAAACUAUAUCGCGCGCAACCAGCUGGGCGAAAAGAAGGCCCAAUAG